AUGUCGGUCUCCCUCUCGCAGCGCCGCCGCUUCGGCAAGGGGGCGGUGGUCUACCAGCAGGGGAGCGAGCUCGAGAUGUCGGUGAAUAAGCCGGACGGAGGCUCGGUGCGUGUAAAGACGCUGCGGCCGGGGGACCAUUUGGGGUAUGAUGCGAUCUUCUCGGAGGUGCACGACACGACGGUGACUUGCCUGAGCGAGGUCGAGCUGACUGAGGUCACAAAGGAGGAGGUGCUCGGCGACGCCUUCUCGAACGACCGCUACUUCUCGACCAUCUUCGAGGCGAGGCAGCACUUGCGCGAGGGGCAGCUGGCGGCGGCCCAGUACGAGUCGCUCAUCAAGGAGAUUGCGCCAGAUUGCGUCGACUACAGCCAGUACGAGUCGCUCAUCAAGGAGAUUGCGCCAGAUUGCGUCGACUACAGCCAGUACGAGUCGCUCAUCAAGGAGAUUGCGCCAGAUUGCGUCGACUACAGCCAGUACGAGUCGCUCAUCAAGGAGAUGGCGCCGCUGGAGGUGUCGCACGGCGAGGCGAUCUUCCAGCAGGGGGACCCGCCCGAGCAGGUCUACUUUGUGUCCGAGGGGCAGCUCGAGUGCGAGUAUGACCCGAAGCUCGACUCGCGCGCAAAGAAGCGGCGGCCGUCGGGCGAGGCGGUGGUUGGGCGCGACGGCAAGCCGCGCGUGGUAGCGACGCUUGGCCCAGGCGACCACUUUGGGGAGACGGCGAUGCUGGAGGCGAGGAAGGCGCGAAACUUGACGGUGCGCUGCGUCACCGCGAGCUGCGUGCUGCGGGCGAUGAGCAUGGCGCGUUUCAGCGAGAUCUUGCGGCAGCGGCCGGAGCUGCACUUCACGGUGCAGCGGGCGGCGCAGAUGCGGACGAACCAGCGGAUUCGCAACGUCGUCGCUUCAGCGGCGGACGAGGACUUGCGCGUCGUCAGCUUUGCGCCAGGCGAGACCAUCUUCCGGCAGGGCGACCCGUCCGACUCCUUCUACGUGCUCGAGAGCGGCGAGGUGGAGAUGUCGCUGGUGCCCGCGUCGGAGGAGGAUGAGCCUUCCGCGCCCGUGCCGGUCCGCACUUGCACCGCCGGCGAGACGUUCGGCGCGUCGGGGCUGCUGCCGGGAGACAACGUGCGCCGCAACACGGCGACUGCGCUCUCGCCCGUCGUCGUCAAGGUCAUGCCCGUGAAGCUCUUCAAGGCGAUGGUGCGCGAGGACGGCUUCCUGCAGGCCGGGCUGAAGGCGUCGGGCUCGUACGUCGAGGCGCGCGCCGUGUCGGAGCUCGACGAGACGCUGGACGCGGAGGUGCAAAAGGCGAUGGCCAGAUGACGCGCAGGGCUCGCGAGGCGCAGGGGUGCGAGAGAGGGUGGGGCGCGGUUUUUUCGUUUGCGUUGGAGGAGGGCUCUCGCCAAAUCGUAUAUUACACGGCC